UCCAGUGGUACUCGAGAGACCAGACCCAAAUUAGAAACAGUCGAAUAAACUUUCAAUAUCCUCAAUUCAUAACAUCAUAAUUCACACCAUAUGAGUGUCAAACCUCAAAACGACAACAAUGGUGGAAACCACUCCUUCCAUGACCGAUCUAAUUGACAACCUUCCUCUACAUUUGAUCAAAUCAGAAACAAUUCCACCAUCCCCAAAUGUUUUUGAAUCUGGAUCUUCCGCCAUUGAUUGGUUGCCUGACUUUGCCGGUUAUUCAUGGAUAGGUUAUGGAGCUUCUUCUCUUCUUGUAAUUUCUCACUUUCCUUCUCCUUUAUCUCCUCAGCAGUCUCACAUCGGUCCUAUUUUCCGUCAAGUUUUUGAACUUUCCGAUUCAUUCGACGUUAGUUCUGUCGUUUGGUCGCCAGAAAAUCCUUCUUCGGGAGAAAUCACUGCAUCAGCUCAUAAUCGUAUUUUUCUCUUUCAGUAUGACUGUACUCCAGGUUGUUUUUGUUGGAGUCAGACUGCUUUACUUGUGCAAUCUGCCAAGAUUGAGGCUGUUGCAUGGACGGGCUCUGCAGAUGGGAUAAUUUCGGUAGGGCUUGAAGUAGUUUUAUGGAAAAGAAAAGUUAAAUCUUGGGAAAUAGCUUGGAAGUUCAGUCUGAACGUCCCUCAAACUCUGGUUUCUUCAACUUGGUCACUUGAAGGUCCUUUAGCAACGGGUGUAUAUUCCACAAAAUUACAUGCAAAAGGGUUAGCUACUAUGCCCUGCAAUUCAAGUGACCAUCUUAGUGUAUUUCAGUAUGACGGUAAAUCUGGAUACAUUGCUUCUGAAUUACGGCAUCCUCAACCUGUUUUGGCGAUGCAGUGGAGACCUUGUGGAGGACGCCAACUAAAAGAUGCUCUAUAUGCACCAAGGCAUUUCCUGCUCACUAGCUGCUUAGAUGGGGCUGCCAGGUUGUGGUGUGAGGUUGAUGCUAGUAGAAUUCGGAAAGGAAACAAGGAGAACCGUGACAAGUCAACCCAUAGGCAAUCUUUUUGUGUGGUUGCUGUCAUAGAACUUAAUCAAUCAUUGGGUGGUAUUCUCGGAAAAGAUAUUUUUAUAGAGUGGGCACUAGAAGCAGACGGCAUAGUAUCUGCAGGAGGUGUCCUUAAUGAAGUGCUCACUGCCGAGAGAAACCAAAAUGAUGAUGUUGGCAGUUGUGAAUGGUUGAUUGGGGUUGGUCCGAGCCAACUGCUUACGUUCUGGUCUGUUCAUUGCCUUGAUGACAUUGCUACGAUGCGGUCUCCACGGGUUACAUUAUGGAAGAGAUAUGAAGUGACAAAACCUGAUCUGAAAAUCUCUUGUAGAAGCAAUAGUUUAAGUUGUUUUGAAGAAUCUUGUUACAAGAAAGGUUCUAUAUGGAGGAAUCAACUCUUUGGUCCACCAGUCAUAUGCUCGUUAAUUCAGUUUUUUCCUUGUAAUUCCUUGAUCUGCUCAGUGUUAUAUAAUCAGUCAAUGCAGAAGGCGGAGGGGAAAUCUUCUCAUGUAUGUGAAAUGGAUAACAAAUUGUCUUGUCAGUCUGGAGGAUUCUUGGAUACUCUUGGUCACUCUGGUAAAAUUUUACAAGUUACUGUUCAUCCAUACAUGCAUGAAGUUGAACUUGCUGUUUCCUUAGAUUCCAAUGGGUUACUUAUAUUUUGGUCUAUUCACACCAAUUCUUAUAGCCUUUCUUGUCUUCCAACUUUAACCCCUUCGUGGCGAGUGAAAGGGAAGUUUUUACUACAGGAGACUGUAUCACAAGAUAUGAUUUUGUAUUGGGCACCAUCAUGGCUGGAAGAUCACCAGGUUCUUCUCAUUGGACACACUCAAGGAAUAGAUUGCUUUAUUGUAAAAACCAGCGUACCUGAAGAAGACUAUAUCCAAUGCCAUAAGCUUUGCACUAUUCCUUUCGUCAGGCAUGAUCAUUUAGAAGGGCCUGACAAGAUUCUUUCAGUUCCCUUACAUUCCACUUCUAAAAAAGAUUCAAAUUGCGAUCAUUUCUUGCUUUUUGGGGUAUGGAUGAAGAAUUGUUUGGUUGAAUCAUGGAAAUUGACCUUGCAUUCCUGUGAGCUAUCUGAAAAUGGUCAUAGGUACUCCGCUGACCCUAGAAAUAAUAAUGGCUUCAGCACAUGCAUUUAUAAAACUGACUUUGCCGGAAAAACAUAUAGCAUUGCUGUAAGUCCAUCCUCAUCAUUUUUGUUAGAUGAUCAUGAUGAAAUUACAAGUGUCUCCAUGGUAUCACCAAGCAUAUCAAUGCAUUCUCACAAGUUGUUAAAUGAUUGCUAUUCAUGUGGUUCUCUAUAUCACAUGGCCACAGGGCACUCCGAUGGAAGGUCAAGGCUAUGGAGAUUUAACCUAUCUGAAUCUUCAGUAGAUCACACUCCUUUUGAGCUAGUUGGUGUUUUUAGUUCCCUUGAAGGACCUGUUAAUGCAAUCUCUGUUUCUGAUUGGGGUCAGAGGAUUGCAACGAUAUGUCCAGAUGGUCUUGAAAAUAAUGUGAACAUGCUUUUUAUAUGGGAGCCACUGCAUCUAACAGGAGUUGGGACUCUGGAACUGGAAGACAAGAUAUGCCUGCAUGGUAAAGUUAUGGCUUUCAACUGGUUUCAAAUGGAAAAUAUUUUGUUUUUUGGGGUCUGUUUCCGGAAUGAGCUGCAUAUAUAUUCACGAAGGAUAUAUAACAUUCAUGCUUCAUCGGAUUUGGAAAAGCCCCAGGGAGCAUCCACUUGGGUCUGCAUUGGUGUGGUGCAUACUUCGUCUACUAUUUGUGACUUUGUUUUAGGGCCUAGGGGCACACUUAUUGUCAUUCAUGAAAACUUCUUUACUCUCUUUAGCCAUUGGUCAUUCUUUACUGUUAAGAAGCAUCUGAAUGAUCAGCACUUGAACACAGAUACUACGUCAUAUUUGAAGAAUGAGAUGGAUUGUGGUAUUCCUGCAUUCUCUGUGGGUAAAGUUCUGAUUUGUGAAGAGAUGUCAUUAGAGAAGAGUAGUGAGGAUGCUUUCUGCCCUCCUUUGACAAAGGCAUAUCGUGAUGUAAGCUUUCGGAUCAAAGAUGGUGCUCAACAAAUUGCUUUUGCACCAAACAAGGAUUCCGUUGUGAGCAUGACACAGAUAGCUGAAAAAUUGGGUGGUCCCUUACCUUUCUAUCACCCUGAGGCGCUCUUGACGAAUAUAUAUUCAGGCAACUGGAAACGUGCAUAUGCAGCUGUUUGUCAUCUUUUUGACUGCCUGACCUUAAAUGAUACGGUCGACCAAAGAGCAAACCCUCCAAAAUCUAGUAUCACUAUUGGGCAGAUCAAAUUGUCGAAGUAUUUUGAGGGACAGCUAUCAAAGGGAAGAGAUGAUCAAGGAAUUCAGUGGAACAAUGAUCUUGACACAAACACUUGGUCUCAACAUUCAGUACGAGGGCUGAUGCAUUUUGCUGAUACUUAUGUGAGUAAUGCUGUCAACUCCGCGUCUGCUGCAUCUACCACAAGCUUUGAGCCACAUAGAUUGCAUGAAUUGCUAGAGAAGUUGCAUCCCAAUCAUGCUGUCACAGAUUUGCAGAAGAUGCAGAUGCUUGCAAUUAUAGACCUUCUGAAUGAAAUUAGUAAUUCACAAUCUACCUCUGCAUAUGAGAGUCUUGAUGAUCCAGGUAGAAGGUUUUGGUGUGCAAUAAGGCUACAGCAAUUGGAUUUUCAAAGGAGAUACAGUAGAACUCCAUCAGUUGCGGAAUUAGUUGUUGACUCUAGGCUGAUGGUUUGGGCAUUCCAUUCUGAUUGUCAAGCAAGCUUGUUUACUUCAAUUCUCCCAACUGAACCAAAAUGGGAAGAUAUGCGGAAGUUGGGAGUUGGCUUUUGGUUGACAAAUCUUACUGACCUACGCAGUAAGAUGGAGAAACUGGCAAGAUCUCAGUAUUUAAAAAAUAAAGAUCCAAAGGCGUGUGCGCUUCUAUACAUAGCAUUAAAUAGACUUCAAGUCUUGGCUGGAUUAUUCAAGAUCAGUAAGGAUGAGAAGGACAAGCCUCUGGUUGCAUUUUUAUCUCGCAAUUUUCAGGAGGAGCGACAUCGAGCUGCUGCUUUGAAAAAUGCUUAUGUAUUGAUGGGGAGGCAUCAGUAUGAGUUGGCAAUCGGAUUUUUCCUGCUUGGAGGUGAUAUUAUUUCUGCUAUCACUGUCUGUGCAAAGACUUUUGGAGAUGACCAACUUGCUCUUGUAAUUUGUCGCCUCUUUGAGGGGCAGGGUGGAGCAUCAGAACGCCACCUAAUAUCAAAAAUUUUACUUCCAUCUGCUAUUGAGAAAGGCGACUACUGGCUAGCAAGUGUUCUAGAGUGGGUAUUGGGUAAUUACCUUCAAUCAUUUUUGAUUGUUCUCGGUUUGCAAGGGGACAUUACUGCCUCGGAGUCUGAAAACUCAUUUAAACAUGCCGCUUUUCUUGACCCUAGUAUUGGUCAGUUUUGCGAAAUGUUAGCAACUAAAAAUAGCUUGAGAAAUGCAGCUGGAGAGAGAAAUACUGCCAUUUUGUGUGGCUGGGCUACUGUGAUGAUUGCUUCUGCUUUCAACAAAUGUGGCCUUCCUCUUGAAGCUCUGGAGUAUCUCUCAUCAUCUGUGAGCAUUCUUGGAGUUCUAGAUCAGAGACCAAAUUGCGGAGAUUCAGAAACUCUACCCACAGUACUGCAUCCUUCUCCGAAUCAUUCUUCGAGAUGGCUGUCACAUGAGGUGGCUUGUCAUUUGGCAUACCAAGUUAAACUAGAUUUAGCAAUGCAGCAUGCCAUCAAAUUAUUCAAAGAAUGUCCUUGCUGGAUCAACAAUAGCUUGGGGUUAACCAAAGCUGGUGCUGGUGUCACAAGCUCUGUGGAGGAUGAGAUAAGUCAAUUUGGUUCUUAUCAUAGAAAUUUUGAGCAGCUGUUGGAUUCUGAUCUUGCAUAUCUGGAGCAGAAGUUUUCUGUGGCUCGAGAUACCCUGCUUGAUAAGAUUAUGUUUACUUUAGACAACGGAAAAUUGUUGCUCCAUGGCUAUCAUGUUUUCACUUCUCAAGUUCAUUUGCCUUCCACAAGCCAUUGUGACUAUUUGUCAUCUUGGUUGUUUAAGAAUUUUGUAAAAGCCAGCGACUAUUUGUCCUUUUCACUUCCAAGAUUUGUGAUUUCUAGUGUUAUAGCAAGUACCCAGAUGCUGGCUUCAUCCAAGCGAAGUUUAUCAGCUGCCAAAGCAUAUUGCGGCUUCAGUUUUUUGGAGUUUUACAUGCAGGGUUUGAUGCUAUCCAUCUCCAGUCUAAAAGGUUUUUUAAUGAUGCAAUGGAAUGAUAGUUAUAGACACCUUAUUAGACAGUAUAUUUCUGCUCUUGAUAUCUGCAAUUAUUGUAUGUUAUUCGCUUCAUCAAUGCUUCAGUGUAAUCAUAAAGCUCUUGAUGCAAUGCUACAACAAAUGUCUUCCGCUGACAAAAAUAAUGGAGAAACUGAUAUUGUAAGUUUACGUAUAAUCCUUGGACAUGUAGUCGAGGCACUAUGCCUCGAAACACGGAACCUUGAUGGUUUCCUGGGUUCUCGAGAAUUUCAUCAGGAAAAUGGAGGGGACACAAUGUACAUCACAAACAUCACAACAGAAGAUGAGAAAUGGAUUAUUCUUAGGUUUUGUUUGUGGCAUCAUUUAUCAAAAUUUGUUGAAAUCAAGCUGAAUCAACUAUCCAGUAAACUACCUUGUGAUCCCGUGGCUAAUACAGCUACUUUAGAUUCUAGUUUAUCUUCUGACGUUGAUGGUGUUUCUUCUCUCAAAAAUAUUAUACAAGUCUUAACAAUCUUCAUUGAAACAAUUAGAAACACCUUUACAAAUUUACUGCCUCAUCUUGCAAGGCAAGUUGCAAUUUUCCUUAGGCAGAAGGUGGAAGAUGGUACGUCUGAGUCUAUUCUAGUGUGGUUGGAGGAAUUUCAUCAAUCUACUCCUGGUAUGCUUCAUGAGCAUCUGGACAGAAGCUCUAGUACUUUAGAAGUUUUGGAAAUAGGAAAUUCAUGCUCAGAGUUACUAGCACAAAUUUACAAUUGUCCUAGAAUUGUCAAUGAAAUGCUUGCCCAUAUUUCAGUUAAGAUGCCAGAGCUCAUUCAUGGGAAGGUUUGUAAAAGGUGGAACCAAUUACGUUUUUCUAUGCCCAAAGGGCUUGAGAAACUGGAAAGUUAUAAACAAGAAGGUAUUUUUGAUGGAAGUCCUCGGUAUAAUAAAAGUAAAAGCCCUUCCGCAGGUUCUGAACAGAAUCAUAACCUUAUGGGCUCGGAUAAAAAGGAACCAGCUUUCACAAAGAAGGUGGUUCCCUUCAACAAUCCAAAAGAAAUUUAUAGGAGAACUGGAGAAUUGUUGGAGGCAUUCUGUAUUAAUUCCAUAGAACCACAGCAUGCUGUACUUGCCAGCAACAAAAAGGGAAUAAGCUACUUUAGUUGGGGUGAUGGAUUACCUUUCAGUGAUCCAUCAGAUUAUAUCUGGGCACAAGCUGAUUGGCCACAGGAUGGUUGGGCUUGUAUGGAGUCUACUCCAGCUCCUAUUUGUAAUUCUCCUAGUUUAAGCUUUGGAAGUGAUAAAAGUACACAGCUUGGAUUGGAUGGAGCUACGGUUGGUGCUGGUUAUCGAUCAAAAAUUGGAAGGGAUUUGACUGGGGGUGGCGCAUUUGGGAUCCCUGGUUAUGCUGGCAUUGGUGCCACUGGAAUGGGCUGGGGAAUGGAUGAAUUUGAUAAAUUUGUUGAUCCACCCGCGACAUUGAGUAAUGUAACUGGAAGUGCUUUGGCUGCUCAUCCUUCAAGGCCUCUCUUUCUAGUUGGUUCUAGUAACACUCACAUUUACCUAUGGGAGUUUGGUGAAGAGAAAGCUAUUGCAACUUAUGGAGUACUGGCUGCUGCUAAUGUGCCUCCUCCAUAUCCUCUUGCAUCUGUUAGUGGUUUGCAGUUUGAUCGAUGUGGACAUAGAUUUGCUAGCAGUGCAUUGGAUGGAACUGUAUCUGCCUGGCAACUGGAGGUAGGAGGAAGGAGCAAUGUCAGACCAACAGAGUCAUCUCGUUGCUUCAGUGGCCAAGUGUUGGACGUAUGUUAUGUGGGAACCAGUGGGUCUAUUAUAGCUGCUUCUGGUUAUAGUUCAAAUGGUGUUAAUGUGGUUAUAUGGGAUACACUAGCUCCCCCAUCAAGCUCCAGAGCGUCUGUGAUGUGCCAUGAAGGUAGUGCCUGCUCCAUUGCUGUGUUUGAUAAUGAUGUCGGAACGGGUUCUAUUUCUCCCCUAAUUGUUACUGGUGGAAAAGGUGGUGACGUUGGACUUCAUGAUUUUAGGUAUAUAGCUACAGGAAAGAGUAAGAGAAGGCAUUCAAAUGCUGUUGAGAGGAUGGCGGAUUCAGAUGCUAUUGAUAUGCGAUCUGAACUCUCUUCAACUGUGGGAGAUCAAAAUCGACAUGGAAUGCUGUGGUAUAUACCAAAGGCUCACUCAGGGAGCGUCACCAAGAUUUCAACGAUACCAAAUACAAGCUUUUUCUUGACUGGAAGCAAGGAUGGAGAUGUUAAACUUUGGGAUGCUAAGAAUGCUAGCUUAGUCUUUCAUUGGCCAAGAUUACAUGAGAGACAUACCUUUCUCCAGCGUAAUUCCCAAAGUUUCGGAGGAGUCUCUAGGGUUGGUGUCACAGAUAUUCAAGUUAUUUCGGAUGGUUUUCUUACUUGCGGAGGAGAUGGUUUAGUAAAAAUGGUCCAGCUGAACAGUUUGCGUGAAUAGUGAUUAGUUGAAGCUAUUGUAUUUCACUCAAAAUCCGGUGUGGUUCACUCUGUUCUAUUAUUUUCUCAUUGCAUAAGCACCGGAAGUUCAGUGUGGAUCCUAUUUUGCCACCUUCUGGAAGUUGCAAAAAACCUCGUGUUUCAUCGAAUUUCACUUCUUCCUGAAGCUUUGAAUCUGUAUAGCCUCGAUUCUAAUGCCUGUUCAAGGAUGUUGCCGCUUGGUCGCCCUUGUUAAACAAAGAAUCGACCUGAUUUGAUCCCCUCGAAUAAUGCUCAUUACUGAGACGUGAUCUUAGAAAUUGCCCAUGAGUAGAUGGGAAUGUAAAAUGUAGGGCUGUCAGGUUAGGGGUAUAUUUUGCUCUCAAAAUUGUUGUUGGUUAGUAUUUCAUAGCAUAGUCAAAAGUAAAAUUUGUAGCAUAGUGUGUGAUAUAUAUAUAUAGUCAUGUAACAAUUGUAUAUUCGUAACAAAGUUUCUGGUGGAAUAACAUUAGAAUCAUUUAUAAUACUUCUAUAUGAUAGAGGAUAAACUUCUAUAUUACAGAUUAGUGGUAGCAAAGUUGUUUUGUGUUUACUUUAGUUCACACAUAUUGUGUAGUACUUAAAUCAAAGGGCCUUUUAUUUGGUUCAAUGAAUACUUUUCUACAUUUCAAAUUAAUAAUAAAACGUAAAUCGUCAAAUAACCAACAAUCAACAAUUUUGU